AUGGCAAAGUUCAAAUUGGGUAACUGGGCUGCGAUGAUUGUACUAUGUACUUCAUAUAUAUUGGUAGCAGUUGGUAUCAUGGCAACAUUCUAUCCAAGACAGUUUAUUGGUAUAUAUGCAAUUAUUAUAGGAGUAUUGUUGUUCCCUUUGACAUGGGGAUUCAAGUUCUUAGGUCCACUGCGAGCGAUAUUCCAACAAUAUAUUGUAGCGGCUAUUCUAUGUCUGGUACUGAGCGCACCAUGUUUCUUUGAAGUACCAACAGUGAUUGGUGGAGCAUGUUUGGUUAUUGCGAGUCUCAUCUAUGCCAUAUCAGCAUUCAUUGGAGAGAAGGGCGAUUACUUUGACAAGAGUGCAUAA